CUGGAUAACAUGGGCCGGGGGUCACGUCUAUUUAAAUGCGUUUUCACAGCAUCGUUUGGACCACACCUAAUGCACAGAAUAUUUCUAGAUUACUCACAGUUUAGAGUACCAUCUCGUAUUAUUAUUAUUUAUUUUUAUGACCGAACAAAUCGGUUUGUUCAUCAUUCGAGUUCAAAGUGUGUAGACAAAACAUAACAAAAUAACAUAAUAUUAUAAUUGUUUUUUACCCAAUAACAACAUGGAAUUCGAUAACGGUUCAAAUGAUUUUCAGAUACAAUCGAAUCAAUUAAAUGAAGCGCCUUCGAAGAAAAGAAUCAGAUCGGGUGCCAAUGCUAGAGAACGAGACCGAACCCAAAGUGUUAACUCAGCAUUUGAUGUACUACGUGGUAUGAUACCCAUUGAUCCUCCAGACCGCAAACUAUCUAAAAUAGAAACAUUGCAGUUAGCCACAAAAUACAUUAGUCAUCUGUCCCAGAUCCUAACUCCUGGGGGAGAUAGUGAACAAGAACACAGCUUCUACGAUGUAUGUAUAUUUUGUUUAACAAAUAAAAUUAAUUCUUGAAUAGAAUACAAAAACAAACUCCUUACAGAUUUCACCAAUAUGUAUUUAUUAUUUUAUUAUAAUCUAUAUCAUAUUAUGUAUAUUUAUUUAUAAUUUUUUUUUUAUUUAUAAAUUAUGUGAGUAAUAUAGUUAAAGCUAAGUGUAUUUACAUUAAGAUUAAAAUAAAAAAAAAUAUACUGUAAAUUAUCAUAUAUACAUAUAUUUUGUGCACAGUAAUAUAAAGCACAAACUAAAAUAAAUCAAACAGGAACACUAAAAAAUAAAACAAAAUCGAGUAUAAUCUGUUACUGUAAAAAGUCAUGUAACAUUUGGUUGAUAUUUAAAUCUCCAGAAAAUAAAUUUAAUUUAAACACUACAACUUGACAUUUUAUGUACUAUACUUUAUUAUAUUAAAGAAAAAUUACUUAUGUAAUA